UUUAUGUAUCGAUAAUUUUUUAUUGUCUGCAAUUAAUAUUUUGAGAAAGUCCAAUAAAUGGCGCAAACGGUAUAAAAGGCAAAUAAAUACAAGAUCAACAAAAGUUUACAAUUUGCAAUAAUAACAACAAUAAUAAAGGUGUAUUCCAGUUGUAUUCGAGUCAAAAGUGUUGAGUCUUUUUGCCUGUAGCAAAUCCACAAAACUCGUUUCAUUGUAUAUCAGUAUUUCUUUAUUUCGGUAAAACCUGGAGAUGUUAGUUGUGUGCUAUAAUCAUAAAUAAUAAUCUUAAAGAAACAACUUAAAGCGUUUCUAAUGUAUGAAUCCAAAAAUUGUUGAUAAUUAAAAAUCACGGCACAAAUAAGUCGUCAGCAUAAAACAGAAAAGUCGAAAAGUCGAAAACUCGCAUCCAAAAUGGGUACAUGGAAUUUAAAAACAUUCCAAAAGAGUACACAUACGCAAAGGUGCAUCAAAGUACAAAACUAAAACUGAACAAAAACUUGAAUAGACACUGAAACUGAAGUGACGUUAAGUAAAAACCCCGAAUUUCCCACCAUUGUCACGCCGAAAUUUACAACAUUCCAAUUGCCUUUAAUGUUGCUGAGAUUAUCGACGCAAUAAGCGAUUCGUUAUUAAAUAUGCCACAAUUUAUGCAUUUUGGCACGUUUUCAAAAAUUGUCACUACUAUUUUAAUAAGUCAAAUAAUAAUACUCACGAUCUUGACCACAAAAACACAGGCGGGAGUCAUUAGGACUAGCGAAAUUGCCAGUGAUAAUAGUAACGAUAAAACAUUAGAAGCAAUAAGCGCUAGGAAAAAUGACCCUGACAUUGUUGGAAAUGGUGCGGCAACCAAUUUGGAGGUGCGGAAUACGAGCACGAGUGAGGGCAUUACAAAACCGGAAACUACAAAGUUAAACAACCUAAGUCACGGGAGCACGGUAGUGGUAAAUGGUUCAGAAAAAAGAAUGCUUUUGAAAGCGGUGAGAGGUGAUGACGAAUCAACUACAAAAGCAGCAAUAUUUAGUCAUAAUAGCAAAAAUGAUACUAUAUCAGGCAAUGUCCAAAACAUCAGUCAUAUGUAUAGUAUCGAUAGUGGUUUGGUAUGGAACGAUAACUUAGAGACAACAAGUGUAACUCCUGUUGAAAUUACAACUGAGAAUGUUUUAGUUGAAAUAGAAGAAUUAGCUGUGAAACAUACACAGGAUAAAAAAGGUGUUACUACUGCAGAAAAUACAACUACCAAUACACCAAUAGACGUAAAGCAUACAGAUCAAAUUGCUAUGCUACAUAGUACAGAAUUGUCUGAUAAUUCACAAGAAGCGACGACAUUUACUACCAAAAAAGUAGAUAAGUCUGCAUUGGAUAGUAUGCAAACUGAGUCACCUCCAGUAAAACCAACAAUACAAGUUGCUUUGUCAAGUAAUGAGACCACUGUUAUACCACAGGCUACACAAAUAAUAACAACAACUGCGUCAACUGUAAGUAAAGUAAAUAUUUCAAACCCUAAUGAAGAAUCGAAUGAGAUACAUAUAAAUAAUAUAAAUACGACUGCAGUAAAGCGUGCUAAAUUUAUUAAUGAUAAUUCUACAAAUGCACAACAAAUGAAUCUACCUGAUGCUGCAGAAGUAUGGAGUUUAGCAGGUAUGAAAACUGUACCUAAAAUGAAUCACAGUUCAGUUGAAAGUCAGCUAACAGCACCGUUGAGUGUGAAAACCGCUUUUAUGGAAAAAGAUCUGCAUAGCGAUUUCAAUAAUGUUAAUGACAGUGAUAGUCAUAGUGAGAAGAAUUUAUUGGAUUGGACACAAAUUAUGUUGAACACUGAUUUAGUCACAAAGAUGAAGACUAAAGGUAAUUUAGUGCUUUUAAAUAAAGAAGACACAACAACAACAACAACUGCACAACCAAUUUCUACACAAGUCAAUGAUAUUACAAACAUUGUAAGUGGUUAUAAUAGUUUAUCUAAUAUUUCUUCACCAACUACUGCUACAACCUUGUAUAAUAGCACUUCACUUACAACAAAUUUGCCAACUGUUUUAUUCGCGACCUCUACGGUAAGUACACCAGAGAGUAUAACAGUCACAACAGCAAUUUUAUCAGCUGAUAUCACUGAUAAGAAAGAGCUUAUCAGUAAAAACAUUCCAACUCCCUCUUCGAGUGUAGAUGAAACGACAUUGGAAACUAUAUCCAAUACACAAACAGAGACUACACUGAAAAGAGUAGACGAUGAAUUGAAAGAGCACAUAAAUAUUGCAAAUACUCUUCAAUGGCAACAACCUACUACAACCACAACAUCUGCAGUCCCUCAACAAAUUACAACGCUUGAACAACAUACAACAGCGGCAACAGUAAUAGUGACGCUCCCAGAUAAUCAUUCCAAGAACACUGAAAGUGACAUAAUAAAAUCUAAAUCGAAUUUACUGGAUUUAACAUCAUCUACACCCGCAACAACACAAACUGAUGGCAGUCAGAAUGAAGUAAACAUUUUUAAAGUUCAGAAAAAAAAUAACAAUAAAGAAGGCGGCGGCGUCGUCAUGACUAACGCUAAUGAGCAUGAUAACACUUACGCUCACAACGUGACUACACUUGAGCAUUCCUUAACUGAGACAACUACGCUUAGUCUGCUUCCAACUGGCAAAGUGGUUGCAAGUGCCAAUGAAACGCGUUUCGGUUUGAAUGAAAAUUUACAAACACUUAAAGAUAAAAAUAACGACGUCGAAGACGGCAUUACCGUAGAGCCAGCAAUUAGUACUACAACGGAAACAAUAUUACCAACAGUUUUGGCAAAAAAUGAAACUAUAUUAACAACGACGGAAAUUAACAAUCAAAUUGGCAAUCAAUUGGAUUUAGACAAAAAAGAAAAUAAGCAAGAAAAUAAGCAAGCUCCUAGCGACAGUGUCACUGAUUUGAUUAGUACAAAAACGAUUUUGGCCGAAACGACCACAGAAAAAACUACGACAAUAUCGUCGCAUGAGAACGAGUUAUUAAUAUUUACAACGAAAACUGCGACUACUGGAACAACACCAGCUACUACCACAUUGGCAAUAACAGUUGCGACGAAAACAACCCCAAUAGCAACGGUAACAACUUUUUCACCUUCACUGCCAACCAUAGCAACAAUUGGGUCAAUUCUUGAGACAGGGGAGGCUUCCACAAAGGUAACACCUGUUAGAAUUAACAAUGUAGAUGUAGUAGAGGAAGAAACGACUACAGCAAAAAUAACCACAACUGGCCAAAUACUCAAUAAUACAAGUACUGAUUCUAAAGACGCUUCUAUAGAGACUAACAACGUAAUCGAUACUUUGGAUAAACCGUUAACGACAACAAAAACAACAGCUACAACAACAGGUGCACAAGACAAAAUAACAGCAGAUGAUAAACUCGUUGAAACACAAUCGAACUCUUUAGCAGAGUCGGAUAACAGUUUUGAUAAAGACAUCAACAAUAAAGAAAAUAAGGAUGAAGAAAAAUUGUUAACGGAUAUAACAACAACUACUAUGAAUAGCGCAUCAAGCACCACAACUACAACUGCGGCACCCACAACAACUACAACUUCGACAACAACAACAACAAUACCAACAACUGAAUCACCUUUAAUAAAUUUAUUAGACCAUACGACAACAAAACCAGUUACUACAACACCUGUUCCUAUAACCACGAAAACGGAGGAUAUUUAUAAAAUUAUUGCUACUACAACUACGACAACAGCGCCAUUAACUACAGCACAAACUACAAAUAUACCUCCAACUAUUUCUACUAUUUCACCUGAUGAUAUACCAAUAACCACCUCCGCAAAUUUACCUAUAACCACCACUUUAAAUAUACCCACCACAGUAGCUUCAACAUCAGUUCCGAUAACUACCGUAGCAACGACUAUCACAUCAUUUAAAAUGUUACCUACUUCGAGCAACGAUGUUGUCGGCAUGCCUCCUGUAAAUACAAUUCCACCAGAUCAUACCCUUGCUGGUGGCAAUAUACAACACUCAUCACCCACUGAUGGCAAUGAAAGUGAUGUUAAUGUCAUUAUUGCUAUCACUGUAAGCAUAGUGGGUGUAAUAGCACUAAUAUUAUUAGUUGCUUUCCUCUAUCUGAUGCGUAAACGUCAAAAACAAAUGUCAUAUGGACAACGAUGCCGUCCAGUUAGCAUGGAUGCUUAUAGUUUAGAUAAUGUUUCAGUUUUGGGUAGUGUACGCCGUAAAGGUGCAGCUAUGCGUGCUUCAAAACGUUCCUUUGGUAAUGCUGCAUUCGAUGAUCCGUCGCUGAAGCAUAAUGCUCUUAAUGCUACAGAGUUGAUUAAAUUUGUGGAUCGUCGUUCAAGUAUCUUUGAAGAGUUUCGUGAUGUGCCGCAAAUAAUUGCACGUCCUGAUGAGGUACCACCAGGAUGUGAAGAUAAAAAUAGAUACGCAAAUGUGAUUCCGCUUCCUGAGACGCGUGUCAUACUCCAGCAACAACACAAUGAUGUGAAAACGGAAUAUAUUAAUGCCAAUUAUGUCAGGGGCCCUAAAGAUGCACCAAAUUACUAUAUAGCAUGUCAAGCACCACUCGAAGCCACCAUUACUGAUUUUUGGCGUAUGAUUUGGGAGCAACAGUCGCGUGUCAUUAUACAGGCUACUGAUCUAAUAGAGAACGGCAGUGAAAAAUGUGCAGAAUAUUUACCACCUUCGGUGACACUUGAUAAUCACACUACGUUCGGAGAUUUCCAAGUAACAUUAAAAAAUCGUGAAGUAAAAGAGAAAUAUGCCAUAUCAACACUAAUACUUAAGAAUACAAUUAAAGACGCAAGCCGAGAACUAACACAUUAUUGGUAUAAAUGGCCAGAGACAGGUGUACCCAACGAAGAAGCACCAAUAAUCGCGAUGCUGUUGGAAGCACGUUCAUCUCUCAAAAGUUAUGCUAUUGAACAAGCAAAUGAACUCAAGGGAAAAUCAUCAACAGCUACACUACGAAGUGAAGCGAAUGGUAUAGUGGGCAACGGUAUCGAUGAACUAAAAGAUGUAAGCAACAUAUCGGGCAGUAGCACUGGUACUAAUAGCAGUAAUGGUGAAAUAAAUGGAAAUAUUACCACCGAUAAAUUUAAAGUGACCACAAAUAAACACCAAGGUCCCCUAACUGUUCACUGCUCUCCAGGUACUGGACGAACGGGCACGAUUAUUUCUUGUGAUGUUGCUAUACGCAGUUUGGAAACACCAAAACGUAUUGUCGAUAUACCCCAAAUUGUAUAUUACAUAAGAAGGGGACGUGCUAGUGCUGUACAAACUAAGGAACAAUACGAAUUUAUAUAUAAAGUUGCUAAUAUGUAUGCAACUAAAAUUACAAAUUUAUCAAAUGAUAAUUAAAAUUGCCUUAUUUUAAAAAUUAUUAUAAUAAAACAACUCGAUUAAGUCAAAAAGGUCCUUAUGAACUAAAUACUAAAAUAUUAUUUAUUAUCAUGCAAAGGCAAUUCUUUUAAAACUCUUAUUCUUAUUUAAACUUUAAACUUAUAAAACAAUCUAUUUUCUGAAAUAUAAUUGUGAGCUUAGAAGUAUUUAUAUAUAUACUGUAUUUUUAUAUAUUGUACUAGUUUCAUUAAUUUGUAUAACUUUCUAAUUCUAGUAUAUAAAAAAUAAUUCCAUAUUCUUUACAAACCAUAUUAGGUAAUUAUAAAAAUUGGAAUAAAAUUAUAGAUUUAUAUUUUAAGAUAAUGUGCAACAGAAACAGGUCAUAGCUGUUCCCAGAUUAACCCAAUAUUAUGCCGUCUCAAUAGCUUAUCUGGUAGCAAGCUGAAGAGCUAAGUGGGAAGUGAUAUGUCCUAUUUCUCUUUAUGCAUUUAAAACAUAUUUGUUUCAGUUUUCUACUUUAUAGAAACUACGUAAAUGUUCCGGUGCAAAAGGAACUAGGCGACAUAUAUUAAAAAUGCUACCAAGAUCCUCUUUAAGCUUAGCACAACACAAAUAAUUCUCAUAUUUCUUAGGUUAACCUGUUCAUAGCUUUAAAAUAUAUUAUAAAUUCUCAAGAUACAUAUAGAAAUA